UCGCUCGACAACAGUAGUUGGAGUUUUUAAUUCGAGUCAAAUACCACGUGCGAAUGAAUUUGAAAUUUUAUCCAGUCUCAGUCUCGUAUAGUUUUGCCAACCAUCAUCAUCAUGCGGUUUAAAGGCUUCGACUACGAUUUUGUAUCGUGUACAGUAAUUUUUUAUUUUUUGACGGAUUUUGUAAAGUUUAACGAAACAGUGACUAUCGAGGAAAGGAUUUCGAAAUCUGAUGAUGAUUUCUCAGAUAUUACCGUCCUUCAGAGCAGCAAUCAGAAAUUCACAAUCUAUCGCAAUGCAGUCAAACGCGAAUGUUACGUAGAAGAGGCUCCGACCUCUACACCAAAUCCAGAUCAACAACCAGUUUCCAGAACAUUAUUCGUAGGAAAAUCAAAAAUCACUCCCACCCAUCCAAUAUAUCAAGAACUUGGUCAAAAUGUCCUCGACUCGUGCAAAAAUUUCUCCAUUUUCAAUUUGGAAGAACGACCUUCGAGUGUAAAAUCGAGCCGAAGAAAACGUCAAUUGAUCCAAGCGAAAAAGCCUUAUUUCAAAGGUCAAACACAAACUCAAUUUAUAUCGUUCGACAACGAAGGUAAAAACGACAAAGGAGGCACAGCAGAGGCAACAGCUGAACAAGAUAAAUCUAGAGCCACCGUUCAAGGAAGAAUGGGAAUGGGUCAGGCGCAAAGUCAAUCUGGAAGCGGAGAUCCGUGCGAGGAAUGCGCAGGUUCGGUUCGCCCAGCAGGACAAUUUGGUUCAGCUUAUCCCGGUUCUUCGUAUCCGACUGGUCAAGGAUCAAAUAUACCUCAAGGGCCUGGACAAUAUGGUGGUGGUUCAUUAUAUCCUUCCGGAACUGGGUAUCCUCCUGGAGCACAACCUGGCGUUUCUGGAAUACCGCAGACAGGUGGUGGAGGUCUUCCAAAUGGCCAAAACCAAGCAGGAGCAGGUGCAGGACAACCUGGAAUUCAACCUGGUUCUUUUAAUGCUGGUGGUCCAGGCUCUCAAGGAACUGGAUCGUUUUAUCCUCAGCAGGCGGGAUACCCUUCGUCGCAAACUGGAGCAGGUGGAUACUUCCCAGGACAAUCCGGAGCGCCUGGAGGAAUCGGUGGUUUCAAUGGUGGCUCUGGACAACCAACUGGUGGAUCUCAAGGUGGCGGAAUUCCUCAAGGUGGAUUCAGCGGCGGAGGACCAACAUAUACACCUUCAGGUGGCAUAGGUUCUGGUGGAAAUCAAGGAAGCGGGGGAAGAGGAGGAGUAGGAGGAACAGGAGCAUUGCCGCCGACCGGAUAUAUUCCUCAAACUGGUGCAGGAUUAGGUGUCGGUGGUCAAGGAGGAGGAGCAUCUUAUCCUCCAGGAUAUAUUCCUGAGUCGGUAGCUGGACCAGGAAAUUCUCAAGCAGGAGGCGGAUCAUAUCCUGUGGGAUACAUCCCUCAAUCUGGAGCUGGACAAGGCGGUGGUGGAUAUGGAGCAGGGCCAGGAGGUGCUCAAGGAGGAGCUGGAGCAUAUACUCCUGGAUAUGGUCCUCAAUCUGGAGCUGGACAAGGAGGUUCUCAAGGAGGUGCAUCAUAUCCCCCGGGAUAUAUUCCUCAAUCAGGAGCUGGACAAGGAGGUUCAUAUCCUCCAGGGUACAUUCCUCAAUCUGGAACUGGACAAGGAGGUUCUCAAGGAGGAGGUCCAUCGUAUCCUCCAGGAUAUAUCCCUCAAUCAGGAGCUGGACAAGGUUCUCAAGGAGGUGCAUAUUCUCCAGGAUACAUUCCUCAAUCUGGAACACCUCAAGGAGGAGGUCCAUCGUAUCCUCCAGGAUAUAUUCCUCAAUCAGGAGCUGGACAAGGUGGUUCUCAAGGAGGUGCAUAUCCUUCAGGAUACGUUCCUCAAUCUGGAGCACCUCAAGGAGGAGGUGCAUAUCCUCCAGGAUACGUUCCUCAAUCUGGAGCACCUCAAGGAGGAGGUGCAUAUCCUCCAGGAUACGUUCCUCAAUCUGGAGCAGGAACAGGAAGUUCUCACGGUGGUGCAUCAUAUCCUCCAGGGUACGUUCCUCAAUCAGGAGCUGGGCAAGGAGGUUCUCAAGGAGGUGCAUAUCCUCCAGGAUACAUUCCUCAAUCUGGAGCACCUCAAGGAGGAGGUGCAUAUCCUCCAGGAUAUGUUCCUCAAUCUGGAGCUGGAACAGGAGGUUCUCAUGGUGGUGCAUCCUAUCCUCCAGGUUAUACUCCUCAAUCUGGAGCUGGACAAGGAGGUGCUCAAGGAGGAGGUACAUCAUAUCCUCCGGGAUACAAUCCUCAAUCUGGAGUUGGAUCAGGCGGAACUCAAGGCGGUGGUGCCUCAUAUCCUCCAGGAUACAAUCCUCAAUCUGGAGUUGGAUCAGGCGGAACUCAAGGCGGUGGUGCCUCAUAUCCUCCAGGAUACAUUCCUCAAUCUGGAGCUGGAUCAGGAGCUCAAGGCGGAGGUGCCUCAUAUCCUCCAGGAUACAAUCCUCAAUCUGGAGCUGGAUCAGGAGCUCAAGGCGGAGGUGUCUCAUAUCCUCCAGGAUACAAUCCUCAAUCUGGAGCCGGAUCAGGAGGAGCUCAAAGCGGAGGUGCCUCAUAUCCUCCAGGAUACCUUCCUCAAUCCGGAUCAGGAUCAAGUAUUCCGGGAGGAGGCGGAUUGUAUCCACCAGGAUACGUACCCCAGUCUGGUGUCGGAUCUGGAGGUGGACAAGGAGGAGGUGCAUUUUAUCCACAGCCAUCAGGAUAUGCGCCAGGAUCAGUGCCACAAGCAGGAGUAAGUGGAUUGCCAGGAGGAGGUGGUGCAUAUCCUCCACCAGGAUACACUCCACAAGGUGGAUCUGCUGGAGCUACAUACCCACAACAAGUUUCUCCAGGUUAUGGUCAACCAACACCAAACCAAUUUCCAACUGGAGGGGCGACAUAUCCGCAGCAACCAACAUACUAUCCACAAGGUGGCGGUUCAGUACCUCAACAAGGAUAUGGUCCACAAACUGGAGCAGGUGGUGCUGGAUAUCCGGCGCAACCAGGAUACUUCCCACAAGGUGGAGUAGGUUCUCAGCAGGGAGGCCAAUCUAUUGGUGGAGCUGGCACAUACCCUCAGCCUGGAACAAAUUUAAUACCAGGAGGAGGAGGAGGAGGAACAGGAACCUUGAGCCCUCAAGGUGGUGGUGCAUUUACAAAUCAAGGCUCAGGGGGACUAAAUGCAGGAGGUUCAACUGGAACUUCUUUCACACCUCAAGGCAUACCAACUGGUCAAGGAAACAUCAACUAUCCUCCAGGCUCAACUGGUUACAAUCCUUUUGUUCCUACUGGUGGAACUGGAAUCCCUGGAGGACAACAGCAACUUCCAGGUUCGCAAACUGGUGCUGGCCAAACUCAAGGAGGAGGCACAGGCGUCGACGCAACUUCUGGUUUACCAAUAGAUCCCGCAGCAGGAGAAAGCCAAUCCCUGAGCAAUCUCAACAUAAACUCAAAUGGAACCAAAGCUGCAGCAUCAGCUCAAGGCAAAACACGCAACGGUAUGGCCCAAGUUCAAAUAUCAGGCUCCUACACGGGAGCAUUUUCAGCCCAAGCUCAAACCAGCGAUAACGAAAAAAGCGUCCAAGCUGAAAUAUUCGGUAACACAACCGCUGCCUCCAGCGCCUCUCAGGGUAAAGCAGGCAAAAGUGAAAGCCAGUCGCAAAUUUUAUACAAUUACAACACCGGAGCCACCUUAGCCGAAUCUCAAGGCUCUGGUAUCAACUACAACACGAAUAGUCAAAUUCAAGUAGGUAACAGAGGGGGUAUCGCAGACGCUCAGUCAACUGGUUCGGGCAGUACUUCGAGCCAAGCUCAAAUCGGAUUUUUACCCCCAGAUCUUAAACGAAAAGAUCAAUCAGCUUUGUUCGAGGGAGGUGGCACAUCAUCUUCACAAAACAGCGCUUCUUCAGGCCAAUCUCAAACUCAACUUCAAGGUUCAUUCAGAUCUGGUACCUCGUUCUCGGGUUCGGCUCAAUCUAGCUCUGGCAGAGCUCAAAACAAGACUAAACUUGCCUUCGAUCCGUCCGAUUUAUCUGCUCCACUCGACGAUCCAUUGAAACCAAACGCAAUCGAACAAUCUGCCAAACAAGUCGCCAAAAAAGAAAACAAUAUUGUCAAGUCAACAGUACCUUUAUCUUCACUGCCACAAAACGAUCACACAAUUCCCAUCAAAAAUCCCGAACCAGAGUACGAACCACCUCAGCACCAAGAUGCUAUAAUCAAGACUAAAAAAUAUGAUGCUUAUAUCGAACGCGAUUCAUCCGACAUGUCACCUUCAUUCAACGCCGGAGAUCUCGUACCUGGUACAGAUAAUUACAGAAUACCUGCAGGUUUCAGAGGUAGGGUAGCCUCCACAGCCGGAGAUACGACUCAAGCUACAGCAUCGUCAUUGGGAAAUGCUCAAUCACAAACAGUACUAUUGAAACCGGGUAAAGGACGAGUGACUAUAAAUAAUCGUAACCGACCGGAUCAACAAAAUUUCCAGAAUGAUGGCAAUUUCAUCGGCGAUAAAAGAAAUACCUUUGAUGAAUAUGUUUCUGUGACGAAGAGUGAAGCUGGUGAACUGAGCGGUAAUAAGAAGUUUUCUCAUUCUUAUUAUACAAAAUCUUCGACUUGCGGAUAUUUCACUUUCACGUGUAAUUAUAUCGAUGGAUCUAAUGGGAAAUCUAAAAUCUGCAAACCGGGUCCUCUGACUUAUUCAGAUGGUACUCCAUGUUGACGAAUACUAUGAUCAAAAUUAUUAGAUAAUAAGUUACCAAAAAUCUACGCCAAAUUAAUUUGUUUCAAAUUGUUUUCAUUCACUGUCAAAUACUAUUUAUAAUUUUUGUCAUUUUUCUAUUGUAAUUAUAAAAGUUGAUCCAAUAAUAAAAAUAUUUUUUUAAAAAUUGGUUUAAAAAUUUACUUAUCAACGAAAUUGUUUU